CUAUUGCCAACUGAUCUCUGCGACACCCGGGAUAUUUUAAAGAGUGCUGCCGAGGAGAGAUAUUUCCACCCAGAAAUGGCCCGGCAGAGCGGCGGGAAGGUGAGGCACAAGCGGCAGGCCCUGCAAGACAUGGCCAGGCCCCUCAAGCAGUGGCUUUACAAGCACCGUGACAACCCGUACCCCACCAAGACCGAGAAGAUACUCUUGGCUCUGGGCUCGCAGAUGACGCUGGUGCAGGUGUCAAAUUGGUUUGCUAAUGCAAGACGUCGGCUUAAGAAUACCGUUCGACAGCCAGAUUUAAGCUGGGCUUUAAGAAUAAAGUUGUACAACAAGUAUGUUCAAGGAAAUGCUGAACGACUUAGUGUAAGCAGUGAUGAUUCAUGUUCUGAAGAUGGAGAAAACCCUCCAAGAAACCACAUAAAUGAAGGGGUCUAUAGUAAUCCAGUACAUCAUCCUGUGAUUAAAAAUGAAAGCUCAGUCAUAAAAGCUGGAGUGAGGCUGGAGUCACGGGCCGGUGAGGACUACGUGUCACCCCCAAAGUACAAGAGCAGUUUGUUGAACCGUUACCUGAACGACUCUCUUAGACACGUCAUGGCUACAAAUGCCGCCAUGAUGGGAAAGACAAGGCGAAGAAACCAUUCGGGAUCUUUUAGUUCCAAUGAAUUUGAGGAAGAAUUGGUGUCUCCCUCGUCAUCAGAAACUGAAGGCAACUUUGUCUAUCGCACAGACACUCUGGAGAAUGGAUCCAGUAAGGGAGACAGUGCAGCUAAUAGAAAGGGUGCAAGCAAGGAUGACACAUACUGGAAGGAGAUUAAUGCAGCUAUGGCCUUAACAAAUCUUGCACAGGGAAAAGACAAACUACAGGGAACCACCAGCUGCAUUAUCCAGAAGUCAUCGCAUAUAGCGGAAGUAAAGACGGUCAAAGUCCCGCUGGCCCAGCAGUUCUAAGCAUCUGUCACUUUUCAGAUCAAUGGCUAUUCCUCAUGUCCAUGUUUUUUCAUAAAUCCUCAUUUUCAGAGCUGAAGUAGCGUAAAAAAGACUCCCUUUCAAACCUCUUCUUAUUUUUUAAUUAUCCUAACUAUAUCAUUUAAUUGCUUCUAUAAAAGACAUAUAAGUUAUAAAAAACCUCACUUUAAUCAAAAAUAUUAACUUAUUUUAUGUUACUCAAAACUAUGCAUAAAAUGUCUGCAUUGCCAUUACAGUAAGUGCCUUGCUUCCUGAAAAUAAGCUACAACGUGGGCAUAGCAGAACAACUAUGCCUCAAAAUGACAGCGCCAUCAUGCUUAUUAGCCUGUGUGUAUCGUUCCAGAUGGACAUUCCAGGACAGAAACCAUAACUGUUGAAAGCCCUUGAAAUGCAGUCAAUAAUUCACAUGUUAAAACUUGAAAAUCUAUUCAGUCCAAGUGAAAUGCUCCCUUAAGAAAAACUUUUAUAGUAUUUUAAACGGUUUGGUGUGCUUUUCCGAGUGACAGUGAGAAUUUUAUGCCUGCAUCUGAUAUGCCAAACUGAAAGCCAUUGUGUACCUUCAAGAAGCGUCUCAGUGAGUUCACUGUGAUCAGCAACCUUUCUCCAAGCACUGCUGGAAAACACCAUGCCCUUUA